AUGAGUUCUGCUACAAGCUCUUCAAAUUUGGCAUGGCCACCUAAGAGACGCCCAUCCCAGCGAACGAAAUUGAGAAACGGAACCUUUAUUAUACCCAGUACCGGCGAGCGAUCGAGACAAGAGUUCUCGUUACGUACUUCCACCAAUGCAACCUCUGCCAGUGAUAACGAUAACAAACCGAAAUUCCAUACUUUUGAUGAGGCCGAGUCGAUUACAGACCGCCUACAGAUCAUCACACAAAACAUCAAAACCGCUUUUGUCCUAGUUUGGCUAUGGCUACACACCGAAGAGGGACACGGCGUCCUCAAAUGUGUGCUUGCCUAUGUCCUCGGUAGUCUGGGCACCUUCUUCCCACCUUUGACAUCUUUUCUUGGCAACAGAGAUGGAAAACAUGUCUCAGCUACUAUUACUGUAUAUUUUCACCCAGCACGAACCGUUGGUUCCAUGCUUGAGGCGUCCGUGAUAGCAUUUGUUGCUGUAUUCUACGCCGAAACCGUGUCAUUACUUUCAAUGGUUAUAGCUGUUACUAUGCGAACUCAGUUUGGGCUGACUGCUGCCGCCCAUGCUCUCAUCCUUAUCGUUUGCAUUGGUGGAGGCCUGGGUUUCGUCGGUUGGGUCAAGCAGAGGCUUAACAGCCCUCUCGUCAACGUUGGCUCUACCUUGGCUUCUAUUGCAAUCAUUUCCGUAAUUACAAAAGAAGAGAGCGUCCAAGGAGGUUACUUCGAUGACGACAAGAUUGUUCAGGUUUUGAAGCUGCUUCUUGUUGGCAUUACUUGCACUUUCGCUGUUAAUUUACUGCUUUGGAGGGUUUCAGCCAGACGAGUCCUCCGAAAUUCCAUAAUGACUGCCAAUAGCUCUCUUGGCGAUAAGUUGUCGUCCAUCACAAAGGGUUUCCUCAGUGGUACCGAAGACGAGUUCUGGACGAACGAGUACAGCCGUGUUUCUGCCCGGUACAACGUUGCAUAUGCAACUAUGAACUCAACUCUCCGCGAAGCUAAAUUCGAGUAUUACUUUCUUGGCCGAGAAUCAUUUUAUCCACUUGACAAGCGUCUGUCCAGAUCUGUUGAAACGCUCUCCCAGGCUCUUGGAGGACUGCGCAGUGCUCUGGAAACCCAAUUCACUCUCCUCAGAGAGGUCCCUAGUUUUGAAGAUUCCUUCCCUUCACCCAGGAGUGCCGGACUUACACCGACUUUCACGAGGGCUAUCACUGCCUACUUAGAGGGUGGGGGCCAAAGACUGUCCGACAUUGAUGAGUCGGGCGAGAGUGAAGAAGAACGGCAAGCUACGAGGAACAAGUCAGAUUCUGCAUUGAUGGCGGCCCCUGCUUUCCAAGAGCCCUCAGACAUAUUUGCUCUCUUCAUUGACAUGCUUGGCCCCUCCAUCAAGUCACUUGCUCAUACACUCUCGGAGAUUCUGCGUGAACCAGCUUUUGGCAAAGAUCCGAAUCGAGAUGUUACUGUGAACGAACAGCUGAGGGAGAGUCUUCGUGACGCUCUCAAUCUCUAUAAUAAUGCGAGAUCAGAAUCUUUGGAGGAGCUUUAUCGUACCAUCGAAUUUGGGCGAACUCGUUCCGAAAAGAUUCAAGCAGACAUUGAAGAAGUUGCUGCUGCCUGUGGACACUUUUCUUUCAGUCUACAGGCUGUUGCCGAGGAAACUGAUGCAUAUUUGGAUGUGUUGGAAGAUGUCAAGUAUACCACCGAGACCGCAUCGCGUUCUUGGGGCUGGCUCAAGUUUUGGCGGCGCUUUAACCGUUCUAGAUCUUCAAACAAGGAUGUGAUUGAGGACCCGGAGCGUGAGACCUUGAUUCAAAAGCCACCUGUUCCCAGACUACGAAAAUCACAAAUGCCCAAGGGCAUCCCCGACACGAUGGUAGUGCGGCGAGACACCUUCAAUUGGGAUGCUGCUCCCCAGGCUAGUAAAAUCAAGAGGAGAUUCGCCCAGAAGAUGCUCCAGAUCUCUCGGUUCAUUGUCCGGGAGGAUAUUCUCUUUGGCAUCAAGGUUGGUAUUGGUGCCCUUCUUUGGGCGAUGCUUGCGUUCAUACCAGGGACAAGACCUAUUUACCAGAAAUGGAGAGGUGAAUGGGGUCUUCUAUCCUUUAUGAUUGUCGCUGCAAUGACAACAGGUUCGGCGAAUACUACCGGAACCGCGAGAUUUAAAGGUACUAUUAUCGGCGCAACCUUUGCUGUGGUUUGCUGGACAGUCAGCCAGGGCAAUGCCGUUGCCCUUGUGUGUUUGGGAGGCCUUGUGGCUUUGUUCAACUUCUAUGUGAUUUUGGUCAUCAAAAAGGCACCCUUGGGUAGAAUUGCUCUCCUUGCAUACAACGUGAGCACCCUGUAUGCGUACAGCAUCUCGCAGGAUGUUGACGACGAUGAUGACGACGAAGGAGGUGCCAACCCCCUGAUCUUUGACAUUGUCUGGCACCGAGUAAUUGCCGUGACCUUAGGCAUUAUCUGGGGUAUAGUUGUUUGCCGAUUACUCUGGCCGAUUUCUGGUCGAAAGAAAUUCCGUGAGGGACUAUCAGUCUUGUAUCUUCAGAUGGGGCUCAUCUGGAAGCGUGGCCCUCUUACGGUGUCGCUUCAGAAGGACAGCACGCACAACACCCUUGACUAUAUGCGAGAGGGUGAGCAGGCGGCUCUUCAGCGAUAUGCAUUCAAACUUGCGAGCCUUCGGACUGCGGCGAAGUCGGAGUUUGAGCUUCGAGGUCCCUUCCCCGAUGCAGCGUAUGGACGCAUUAUGCGCUCUACUAAAAACAUGCUUAACGGAUUCUAUGCCAUGCGUCUUAUUGCGUCGAAACGAAAUGGAUUGACCGAGGGCGAGCGAGCCCUAUUAGAGUAUACGAGCACAGAAAGAGCUCUUCUUUGCCAGCGUAUCUGCCAUGUUUUCCAGGUAAUUGCGUCAUGCGUCAUGCUGGAAUACCCCUUGACAGAUGCCAUUCCUACCGUUGAGAACAACAAGGAUCGGCUACUGGGCAAGAUAUACCAAUUUCGAAAGGAGCAUAUGAGCGCAGAUCUUUUAGGCGACGAGUCCCCUCUUGCUGUCCAGGAGAGCGAUUACGCGCUGCUAUACGCAUACACGCUUGUGACAUUACAGGUUGCGGCGGAAUUGAACAAGGUGAGAGCGGAGAUUGAGAGCCUUUAUGGUGUAUUGCACGAGGAGGCGUUACUGUUACAGUGA